AUGUGGCAAAAAACUUCCCUCAGCAAAAUGUGGCUGAUUUCCUUGCUUCUCUGCUUCUUUAUUGGGCCCACAACUCAGGUGCAGCAGCAGCCUUCAAUAGUAGACACCAAAUAUGGCAAAGUCCAAGGCAAACAAAUGAGACUGCAAGGAUUCGACAUACCUGUCCACGUUUUUCUGGGUGUCCCUUUUGCCAAGCCUCCUCUAGGACCUCUGAGAUUCACUCCACCCCAGCCUCCUGAGCCCUGGGAUUAUGUGAAGAAGACCACUACAUACCCACCCAUAUGUCCUCAGGAUCCAGUUGUGGCACAGACACUCUCUAACCUUUUCUCUAUUCGGAACGAAAACUUUACAAUGAUAUUUUCUGAAGACUGCCUAUACCUAAAUAUUUACACACCAGCUGAUCUAACAAUGAAGACUAAGUUACCGGUGAUGGUAUGGAUCCAUGGAGGGGGGUUGAUGAUGGGUGAGGCUUCAACCUAUGAUGGACUGGCCCUCUCAGCCCUUGAGAAUGUGGUGGUUGUGUCCAUUCAGUACCGUUUGGGAAUCUUUGGGUUCUUUAGCACAGGAGAUGAACAUGCUAGAGGAAACUGGGGUUAUUUGGACCAAGUGGCUGCACUCCAGUGGGUCCAGAAGAAUAUUGUUAAUUUUGGAGGAGACCCAAACUUGGUGACCAUCUUCGGAGAGUCAGCAGGAGGUUUUAGUGUUUCAGCAUUGAUUCUAUCUCCUUUGGCCAAGAAUCUCUUUCACCGAGCCAUUUCCCAGAGUGGGGUUCUUUUUAUGGAAUCUCUAUUCAGUUCUAACAUCAAACCAGCUGCUAAAAAAAUAGCAACUUUUGCUGGAUGUAAAACAACCACAUCAGCUGUCAUGGUUCACUGUAUGAGACAGAAGACAGAGGAGGAGAUCCUAAACACAACUCAGAAGAUGGAAUUUUUUCACCUGGAUUUCCUGGGAGACCCCACAGAGAAAUUUUUGUUUCUACCUGCAGUUGUGGAUGGAAUAUUUUUCCCCAGAAGUCCCAAAGAGCUCUUGGUGGAAAAGCAGUUCAAUCGCGUUCCCUACAUCAUGGGAAUCACCAACCAUGAAUUUGGUUGGUUUCUUCCAAAUAUGCUUGGAUAUCCUCUAUCGGAGGAUGGACUGGACCAAGAAAAAGCCACGGAUCUAUUAUGGCAUUCUUACCCACUUCUUAAAAUCCCCAAAGACAUUACUCCUAUGAUAACUAAAGAGUACCUUGGAGUGACAGAUGAUCCUGUCAGAAAGAAAAGUCUGUUUCUGGACAUGCUAGGAGACUUGACAUUUUGGAUCCCAACUGUAAUUUUGGCUCGGCUUCAUAGGGAUUUAGGUGCACCCACUUAUGUGUAUGAAUUUCAACAUCGGGCAAGUGUUUGGGGAAACCUGAAACCAGAAAUAGUCAAGGCUGACCAUGGGGAUGACAUCUUUUCUGUCUUUGGAUCUCCAUUUUUAAAAGAUGUUUCCCCCAAAGAGGAGAAGCAACUUAGCAGGAUGGUGAUGAAAUAUUGGGCCAACUUUGCUCGGAAUGGAAAUCCCAAUGGUGAAGGGCUACAGAAAUGGCCUGAAUAUGAUCAGAAUGAAGGAUAUCUCCAAAUUAACAUCAACCCCAAAGAAGCCAAGAAAUUGAAAGAGAAGGAAGUUGCAUUUAUGACUGAACUCUUGGCAAAGGAAUCAGCUGGAAUGAAGAGAGAACAUACUGAAUUAUGAUCUAGAUAAAUGCACUGGUGUCCUUCAAAAGAAGCCUCAGUGGAACUGGAUAAGAACAAAUUUUUCUUUUGGCAUGAGUAUCUAGCAUUCUAUUAGUGAGAGGGCUUUUCAACAUGGUGAUGCAUGGGGCAGUGUAGGAUCAGGGAAAGAUACAAACAGUCAUACACUGGCAUGAAAUGAGGAGCAAGGACCCUGAAGCUUUGACAUGACAGGCCAGGAGAAGUCUAUAGUAUUUCCUUCUCUUUAUAGUACUUCAAAGAAUCAGUUGGUUUCUGUGUAUGGGCUUGGUGUGGGUUGUAUUAAAUAAAAUCUACUUUAAGAAAUUGUGAUUACCU